CUCUCGUGUUGACAGUGUUUUUCUUCGCCAUCUUAUUUUACGCUGGUUUGGGACGUGGUCCAGGAGAUAUGGCAGAACAACAGGUUCAGACCCGUAAAGUGGCUCACAUAUCUGUUGAGGAAAUUGACGAGCACGUGGUUGGUGAUCAAAAUGAUGUGCUUAGUCUUAAUCAAGACUCGGAGGAAGAAUUUUCAGGAUUUGAAUCCGAUGACGUUCCUCGAAAUAUAUCGAAGGAAAAGACAAUUGGCAAGACAGUGAAGUCUGUCGUUAAAAAAGUGACGUCAAAGGACGCUAGUGGUGGUAAGAAACAGACUAGAUCAAGUACUAAAAAACCACAGAAAAAAGGUAAAUCUACUAAUAACCCUAGUUGUAUGGUUCAAAUAGAUUUGAACAAUUUGUCAUCAAGUAAUCUUAACUUACUGAAGGAAAAAUUAGGUUUGUCUCAACCAGAAAAUUCCAAUGAUUGUUAUUAUGAUGACUAUGAUGCGUAUGAAAAUGAGACUGAAUGGGAUGAAAAUGUAGACAUUCAUACUGCACCUAAUUUGCGUGUUCAGGUGGAAAAUGAUGAAUCUGAAGAUGAUAUUGGAAUAAUUCCUUCUGUAAGACCUAAAGUAAAGGACAUGUCAAAGAAAUUGAUGAAUGACUUAUUUGGCGAUAAUAGCGAUAAAGAGAAUAACUCGGAUGAUGAAAAUGAAUGGAAGCUGCCAAAAAUAAAAAAGAAGUCCAGAGGACCGCCAGUAUCUAAAUCAUUGGCUGAAUUAAUGAAUACUGCAUGUACAGCGUCAUGCGAUACGCAAUCAAUUAGAGAAAGUCAUUUAGUUCCUGAAAACUGUGACAUGAUGUUUCCACCCUCAGUUAACUUAGAAAUGUGGAGAAACCUUGAUAAAAGAACACGUUCAGUAGACCGAUUAUUCCAAGAUUUACAGAAUCUUCUGGCUGCCGGUAUGGUACCAGUUAUGAAACUGGCUGAGAUGCUAAGGGGCAAUUUGCCAGCAAAAGAACAAACUAAACAAUUGGUUUCUGACUCGCUUACUUUGUUAGGUCAGGUUCAAUAUAAUUUGAGUAUAAGGAGGAGGUUCUUGAUUAGACCAAACAUUCCAAACAAGAAGUAUAGAGCGUUGUGCAACUUUGAUACACCGAUAACAUGCCAGUUAUUUGGUGAUGACAUUUCAAAGGAAAUGAAAAACUGCGAUGCAGGGGUGAUGUUGAGUAACAGUCUCAGGGCCUAUCAGAAUUUUUCCAUGCACGAGAAUUUGAGAAGAAGUCGUGGGAGGUUUCCCUGUAAUUUCCGGGGUCGUUGGCGAUUCAUGCCAUACGGAAACCCACAUUAUGGGAAUCCCAAUUUCAACACCUGAGGUUUCGGAGGUGGUUAUGGAGGUGGUCGUCUGUUUAGAGGUCUGGGACGUUCGAGGACUUCUGCUACAGUGUCAAGUGCCCCAAACUAAGAACGGUUACCACGACACAGGAACUUGUUGUCCCUCGCACACGAUGGAACAGUACACCCACUUGGAAAGAAGAUGACCAUGGCCGCAGUGCAAUUAUCGGCCGAUGUUUACAAGACCAAGGCCUUCAGAAAGAAGUUACAGACAUUAUCAUUAAAUCUUGGAGAGAAGGUACCUCCAAACAAUAUCAGUUGGCAUGGAAACGAUGGGUUCUUUGGUGUGAUAGGACAGGUAAUUGUGCCGAUAAAACGUCUGAGGUUACUGUAAUUUCUUAUUUAUACUCGUUGUUCAAAGACAAGAAGUCUUAUUCAGUGAUAAAUACCCACAAAUCGAUGUUACUUCAGACUCUUAUGAUCCUUGGAAAUAAGUGGUGUUCAAAUCCAUUAAUUAGUCGUUUUAUGAAGGGAGUUUUUGUUAAGUAGCCAACUUUACCAAAGUAUAAAUUAACAUGGGAUGUGACAGUAGUUUUGAGUUUACUAUCAUCAUGGUUUCCUUUAGAAGAUUUAAGUUUAAAAAUGUUAACCCUAAAGUUGAUUGCUUUAAUUGCUUUGGCAACGGCGCCAAGGGCACAGACCUUGAAAUCAUUGAAUUUGAACUAUGUGAAGGUUUAUAAAAGUUAUGCAGUGUUCUAUUUUCCAAAUCUUCUGAAAUCUUCAAAAAUUGGAAAAAGUAAUAAUUUUAGUUUGAAGUUGGAACAUUUUAUGGAUGAACGACUUUGUGUUUACCAUACAUUAAAACAGUAUAUUAAGGUAACUAAGCCUUUAAGAUUAAAUUCUCAGUUAUUUGUUUUGUAUGUUACUUUUUUGGCUGUAACCUCGAGCACACUAGCUAGGUGGUUAAAAUGUGUUUUGGAAAUGGCUGGUAUUGAUGUCACUGUAUUUAAAGCACACUCGUUCCGGUCUGCCUCAACAUCUGCAGCAUUUCAGAGUAAUUGUUCUUUGAAAAAUAUUCUAGACACUGCUGGUUGGAAAUCUGAUGGGAAUUUCUUUAAAUUUUACCAUAGAUCAGUACUUAACAAGAAGGAUGUGUCAUUUAUGGAUGCAGUUUUUAAGAAAUAAAUGAUAUUUAGGGUAUUAAAUAUUGUUUAUUCAGUGGUUUUGAAAAUGGAUUAUAUAACUGUGUGGUAUAACCAUUUAUGGAGGAAAUUAACUGUGAAUUUUGAUAUAAACAUGAAAGCACAUGUUUUUGAUGUUUUGUGAUACUGAAUAUGUUGUACUUGAAGUAUAAUAGUGUUUCUUAUUGUAUGCAUAUAUUGAGAACAUGUGUUGUGACUAUAAUAUGAGACAUGUUUUGGUAUUUAGUGAUGCUUACAAGUACAAUAAUUAUGAUGUUAUGGAUGAACAUGUGUAUGUUUUGAUUAAUGUUCUACAAAAUAAUUAUGGUCUAUGAA